CCUCAUUUCUAUAACUUUUUCUGUAAAACGUCGCAAGUUGGCAGUUGUUAUUACCAGACUGUAUUUAAAAAAUGUUUUGUUGUACCUAGGAAGGCAUUGUGCUGUACUAGCGAGUGAUGUAGGAGACCGAGUAAUCCUACACUAUGCAAUGUGUUUGAGGGAGUGGUGUGUGAGGUGCUUUAAAAGAAGAGAAAAGGAGGAGGCGGAGGAGCCCUCUCCAGACCCACCACAGGAACCAGCCCCAGAAGAGAAGAGCUCUCUCCCAGUCCCCCUCCCGGUUACCCCUCCCCGAACUAAUAAGAGCAAGUUAGAGGCAGCCUUGAGGGAGGCCACAUCCGCUGACCCUUACAACCGUCAGAUAAGCUCAGUUUCUGAGGACUCCCCGGAAGCUCUCAAGAGACAAACUGGUGCUUUCCAGAGUUUUCAACACAAAGAGAGGAGGAGCAUCUCGCGGAAGAGGCUGAAAUCAAGUCCUGGGAAGUUAGAAAGAACAAAGUUCAACAGCCAGGAAAGUAGGGAUAAAACUGAUCAGCCAGAUAUCAUACGAGCAGGCGAAGCAGCAUACCACAUUCCGGACCUUGAGUUAGGUAUCAGAACAGAGCCCCUCAUUAUUAGAGAGACUGACCUGUACACACCUGAUCCAAUCACUUCGCUUAACUUGUCAGUGAUAAGUCUCGUGACCCAGGAGCCUGAAAACCCUGUCUGUCAAACCGUGCCAGUGCAGGUACAUCACCAGUCCUUACAUCACCUGGUCGAAUAUCCUAUCAAUCAGAACACUCAGACUGAUCAGUUUCAAGAGAUCAACAUAGACUGUUUUGUUGAGGAAGGGACUGAGGAAGAAAUGGGAAGAUUUGGUGUAAUAAAAAGUAGAAAGAAGGAUGGAAGUGAAAAGAGAGAUAAGAGAAAACAUGAUCCGAAAAGAGAAGUUCACAAUGUUCACACAAUUGAGCACAGAGAGUCGGCAGUUAGCAAUGAUGAGCUAAGUCGCCCUAAGAAUUUCAGCAAGACAAAGCAGUACAAGAAAAGACUGCACAAUGAUUUACCCGAGGAGAGGAGGGGUGCUAAACCGGACCUCGUCACCACAGCUCUGCUUGCUGGAGCGGGAGCGGGAGUUAUUAACUCUGCUGACAUCACGGAUAACCCCCUUCUAGCUGAGUUCAAAUAUACUCAGUCACGAGAAAAUACCGUCGAGGAGGAAGCUGAGAAGGAAGCUGAGAAGGAAGUGGAGAGCAGGAUAUCAGUUUCACAACCUAAUCUGUCACGUGACGCAGUGUCACGUGACGCUUCUAAAACCAGUGUGAACACUUCCUGUGAGUGGGAUCCUGAUUAUCUGUCUACUCUCUCUGCAGUGUCACAUGACAUAACACGUGACCUUUACGGAACUGGCCAGACAGUGUCUAAUGUGGACAGGAGGGGGACAAUACGAGGUCCGUGUAAUGUGUGUGUAGACUGUGAACAAUACGAGGUGGACAAGGGACUAGGUUGCGAGUACUGUGGGUGCCCCCCUGGAAAACACAAGAACAUGGGGCAUUUUAACCAGGUGACUAAAUCUGUGGGGGACAUAAUGCCUCUACGACAGGAAGCCCCUGCUCACCACAGAGAAGCCCCUGCUCACCACAGAGAAGUCCCUGCCCACCACAGCACACUAAGAAGUGAAGAGUGCGGCCCUGCAGCCUACUCAACAGGACUUACAGUGGAGAAAGAAAGCAGGAAACCGCUGAGUGUGGCUGAUCUGUCACUACUACCAGCAGGCAUGACUCUAGAGAGUGCUAUCAACUACCUGACUCUAGAACGAGCUGAAUCUACUGAUCUAGUGCACCGACACUCCUCAACUCCUGAAAUCAACCAUAUUUCUGUAGAGAGGGACAGGCAGAGUUCCAGAUCUGACUUUAGUGACUUUGGAGCUGGACAUUCGACAUACGAUGGGAGGACCAAGAGAAGUGUGUCUCCAGCACCAGUCUCCCCGCUACCGGUGUCAGGGGAUGAGUUUGAACAACAAGACAGCAGCGAGGACCUGGCUAACCAGACUAAAACUCUAACCUUCAGACAAAGCGCUCUAGACACAGAGUUGAGGAUAAUCCCACUAAAUGACGAAGGAAUCAUCAGAGGGAUGGUGAAGGAGUCCAUCUCUUUAAAAGUGGAUAUAAUUCCCCGGAACAUGAGGAAACAACACAUAACCUGGUUACACAACCACAAGAAGAUUAGUCCCCGAUACAGGGUCAGAUUCGUAGACGACCGCAGGGAGGUGCACAUAGUAAGUCUCCGGAAGAAAGAUGCUGGCAUCUACACAUGCCAGAUUAAAUAUAACGACGGUACUGGAAGUAAAACCACUGCAUGCACGAUGAUACUGGAUGUUCAAGUCCCUCAGUUCAUCCCCAAAGACUUAUGGAGCGUACAGGAGGGAGAAACCAGCGCAAGUAAACCCAAACUUGCUUUUAAAACAACCAGUGCUAAAAACAAUCAAAGACGCAGUGUGAACUCUUACUCUAAUGAAACUGAUAACAAUGAUUGGGGAGAUGAUGAUGGAGAAGAUGGAGAUGAUUGAUUUUUGUGAUGAAUUGUUGUUGGUAACGUCAUAUCACGCGUCAUGACGUCACACCACGUGUCGUGAUGUCGCAGCACGUGUCGUGACGUCACACACCACGUGUCGUGAUCACAGUUUAUACCUCUAGAGCUGAGAAGGGUCGACGGGUCCUCGAAGAUUACUCUUAUCAGUCAGCAGCACGUGAUCAGAGGCCUGCUCAAAUUCCACCAUGUGUAUCGUAAUUCUAGAGUCGCUCUGAACAGGGAGCUUAUCAUUGAAUCAAAAAGAGAUCAAUUAAUUCGAUUUUCAAAGCAUAUUUAGGAUUUUACAUUUCAGCUUAAAUUUUUCCCAUAACAAUACAAUUAAAUUAAUUAAAUGUUGUUGUUCUAGUAUUAAUUGUUUUGUAUGACAAUUGAAUUUGUUAUUGUAAUAUAUUUCCUUCUUAUCCAAUAAUUAAACAUUACUA